AGUGUCAAGUCCCACGAUGCCAAAUCCAACCACCUUCCAAAUUCGAUGGCCACCAGUUGCUUCUUCCACCAGCAAAGAGCCCUCGAGGAUGACUCGGUCAUCCUCUUCUCCACCUCGAACUCGCCGGAGGAGUCGACCAGCCCUUCCUCGUCUUCCUUCUCGCACUCCCCGCCCCGGCCUCCUCACCGCCUGUCCGAGCCGGCUCGCCACGACAUAACCGUUAAAGACCUCUCUUAUCGUAUCCAGCCGCGUGGUUCCCUAGCCGCUCCCUGGUCCUCCUUCGGCCUGUUUCGCGAUCCCAAGCCCAUCAACAUACUCAAUUCGGUCUCGUUCGUGGCGAGGAGCGCCGAGAUCCUGGCUGUUGUGGGCCCGAGCGGCACGGGGAAGUCGACCCUCAUUCGGAUCCUGGCGGGACGGGUCAAGGAUCAGCACUUUGACCCCAAGUGCAUCUCCAUCAAUCACGACCGAGUAACUAGCCCCGCUCAGCUGAGAAGGAAAUGUGGCUUUGUGGCUCAGGAGGACAAUCUGAUCCCUCUUCUCACUGUGAAGGAGACUCUGAUGUAUAGUGCCAAGUUCAGGCUCAGAGGAAUGAGCCAAAAGGAGAGAGAGGAGAGGGUCGAGGGCUUGAUGCAGGAGCUCGGGCUGACCCACGCGGCGGACACUUUCGUCGGGGAUGAAGAGAACAGGGGGAUAUCGGGAGGGGAGAGGAAACGGGUCUCGAUCGGAGUUGACAUGAUCCAUGACCCGCCGAUCCUACUCUUGGACGAGCCGACUUCGGGCCUAGACAGCAAGUCGGCACUCCACGUGAUUGAAUUGCUCUCCUUGAUGGCGAAAGCCCAUCAAAGGACCAUCAUCAUAUCCAUCCACCAACCCAGCUAUCGGAUUCUGGAAUUCAUCUCCAACUACCUGAUUCUCUAUCACGGGUCGGUUGUCCAUAGCGGCGGCAUCGGAUCGCUUGAGGAGAGGAUCGCUAAGCUAGGACUUCAGGUCCCGCUCCAAUUGAAUGCGCUAGAGUUCGCGAUGGAGAUUCUAAGCCCAUUGGAAACAUCUUAUCGCCAGGGCCAUUCACCAGCCUUAUUAGACAAGGAGACCCUGCCAUACUCCUAUCCAAUAUGGCCAGGAGUCGAAAUUAGACGUGUUCGAGAAAACAGAAAUGAAAAACAGGCGCACAAUCACUAUCUUCUCGAUUUCUCUGAGAUAGUUUUCCUCUGCUCGAGGUUUUGGAAGAUUAUAUACCGAACCAAGCAACUCCUAUUGGCAAGGACAAUGCAGGCCCUCGUCGCGGGGUUCGGCCUAGGAAGCGUGUACAUAAACGUGAGAAAGAACGAAGAAGGGGUCACGGAGAGGCUAGGACUGUUUGCGUUCAGUCUGAGCUUCCUGCUGUCAUCCACGGUCGAGGCCCUGCCGAUUUACCUCCAAGAACGGCGUGUCCUGAUGAAGGAGUCAUCGAGAGGAGCUUACAGGAUUUCCUCCUACAUGGUUGCCAACACCAUCGUGUUCCUUCCCUUCUUGUUUGCCGUGGCUUUUCUCUUCGCCGUGCCCGUUUACUGGAUCGUUGGACUCAAUCCGUCGAUUGGCGCAUUUGCAUUCUUCACAUUCAUCGUCUGGGUCAUUGUCCUGAUGGCAAGCUCUCUGGUGCUUUUCCUGAGUGCUGUGUCGCCGGACUUCAUUUCCGGGAACUCGCUGAUCUGCACUGUCCUAGGAGCGUUUUUCCUGUUCUCAGGAUACUUCAUCCCUAAAGAGAGCAUCCCAAAGUAUUGGCUCUUCAUGUACUACGUCUCGCUGUAUCGGUACCCCCUGGAUGCGCUUCUCACGAAUGAGUACUGGAGCAUGAGAAGUGAGUGCUUCUCUCAGCACGAUCAGGACGAAAAGUGCUUGCUCACAGGGGAAGAUGUGUUGAAGAGCAGAGGACUCGAUAAGGACACAAGAUGGAUCAAUGUGGGGAUCAUGUUCGGUUUCUUCGUGUUCUAUCGCGUGCUUUGCUGGUUAAUUCUCGUCCGAAGGGCUUUGAAGACUACGAAAUGAGAGAUGGUUGGUGUCGGAUGGUAGUACCUGCCGAAGAACGAUGAAGAUAGAGAUUUCCUUUUAACGUUAUAAUUUUUCUAUUAGAUACUAACAGAAAGUGCAUUCUUCUACAGUUGUAUGACCAAACAAGAUUGAGAAAUUAGUUUGAUCUAUAUGCUCUUCAUGAGACUGCCUUGCAAAA